AUGGCAGCUAGCCCACCUUGCCUUCAUGUCCAAGAGGUUUGGGGAGAAUCGGCCGCCCCUGACGCGGCUAAAACCACUUGGGAAAGAAAGAGACUCGAGCUCACAGCUUUCCGUGGCUAUCUUGCAUUUUUUGGGACCCUAUCACUGAGCGAGAGAGGAAAAUGGAUCGCAGGGACAUACAAUGAUUUGGAUGACGCCACGUUCAACGGUCUCCUGGCUACCAUGAGCCGUAUACCCGACGCUGACAUCUACCCGUUGUACGAGGAUGGCCUCACGCAAUUUGAUCCGAAUUCUAUAGCGGAGGACAAGUAUUUUCUCAAGCCGCCAAACGUUUCUGGCUGGGACCAUGACGAUGCCGUUGCCAAGCUCCUCCUCUUUGAAGCAUGGAACAAUGAGCUGUUUCUCUCGAACCCACAUCCUCAUCUGGGGGCAUACCUGGGUUGCGUCGUUCACGACGGUCGCAUAGUUCGCCUUGCGUUUCCAAAAUACGCGGAAUCACUGGAGGAUCGCAUCAACAAGGCACGGUCGCCUGGGGCAAGCCAAAUGACGUCGGGCGAGAGGAAGAAGUGCAUGCAGAGCAUACGAGAAGCUGUCGCUCAUUUGCAUUCUCUUGGCUAUGCUCACAACGAUAUCUCCGCCACCAACAUUAUGUUUGACGAGGACGAUCGCGCGCUUCUCAUUGAUUUGGACUCUUGUGCCUCGUUUGGGAACAAGAUACAGAAAGGAGGCAUUGCGGGCGGCUGGAGAGGGCCUCACUUUUGGGCGCAGAGUUUCGAAAUUUCUUCUGUUGAAUGCGACGAAGCGUCUCUCCGGUAUAUUGAAGAUUGGCUGUCUACUGAGCAAAUAGCAGCUGAGAAUGCGGAUGAUUAG